AUGCCGGCCAAACGGUUGCAGGCAGCUUCUUACUCUGGUGGCGAGAGUGAUACGGAAUGGGUUGCCUUCCAAACCCAGGUGAAGAUUCAAAAAUUGAGAAAAGAAAGAGAUCAACAGAUGGCCGCCGUCAUCAUAGACGCCGAGAACGCAUUGAAGGAGAUAAAGGCUCGAGCAGUGGCCGUCCAUGCUGAGCAGCUCCGGGCAAAGCUCAAAUUCAAGAGCCAGUGUGUGAACAAUAUUUGCCAGAGUUUGGAACGACGACAGGCGAUUGAAGCACAGAUGGUGGGAUUGGUUAAGGACACACACGCGAAGAUAAAAGAGGUGGAAGAUGUGAUUAUGGCUGGCUACGAGGGCAGAGAACUGGAGGCUUCGGCGACUUCAUCUAAAACUUAA